AUGCAGCUACUUCAGUCCGCGUUCGUGCUUCUAUGUCCCGUCAUGCUUCUGCGAGCAUCUACAGGACAGAAACAGGAUGUUUCGGCGGUAGCACAAGGACAAAACGUGACAGCGAUAAGAGUCCCGGCAACAGAACAGCAGAAUAGUUCGGCGAUAGAACAUGGAGACGAUGUCGUUCCUCAGAGUUUCCAAAAUCUUAUUGGUGGAAUUGGUCAAACCAUAAUGGGUGCUCUGGGUUUGGGGAUCCAGCUGGAUAAACUAUCAAAUCAGUUAAAGCAGUCAAAGCAGCCACAACCACAGCAACAGCGACAACAGCCACAACAGCCACAAAAUCAACUACUAGCGGGUCUCUUCCCACAGCAACAGCCACAACAGCCACAACACCAACUAAUACCGGGUCUCUUCUAA